UUAUAGGGAUAUAACUUGACUAUCUGCGGAGUUUGUGAUUUUUUUAUUUUUUUAUUUUUUGGGAAGGAAUCAUGCCUUUUUGCAAACGGACGAUACUUCCGAAAGAUGUGUGCAAACCUGACGGCAGGAGGCUGCGUCCACAGGCGGCGGAGAUUUUCGGUGACUUGGCGGACGUGUGCGGCUUCACCCUGUGCUCGGUGCUCAGGCAGCUCUCGGAUCUGUCCCGGCACUCGGUGAGCAUCCUGGAGGAGCUGGAAGGAGAGCUGGUGUCCAUCUGCCACCGGUCCGGAGCGCUGGAAGGCAGAGUGGUCCGGCUGCAGAGGCACGUCGCCGUGAUGGUCAGCAGACCUCCACCAAGAACCACCAGUGGUCUAGAGGCAGAGAGUGGCAGGCGCGGCGGCAGCAGCAUCAGCAGCCACGGUGACGGCAACCACAGUAGCAGCAGUGGCGGCGGAGGAGGAGGCAGCAGCAGCAGCGGCGCGGCCCACUUCAGGUCUCCAUGGCAACAGAGCGUGAACGUGUUCGGCUCGUGGAGCAGGCCGGAGUGUGUCGAGGAGCUGCACCAGCAGGCGCAGCUCAACCUCCAGAGCCUGCUGCAAGACUUUGAGGAGCAGCUGUAUGACACCAAGUUGACCGGUCAGACGUUCCGGCAUCCGUCCUCGCAGAGCUCUGACGACACGUCCACCUCGCUCAGCCGAUCACCCAUCUCCCUCAACAACAAGAGGCCUGACUUCAUCUUCCUGCCGGCAUCCAAACAACUCUAUGAAGAUGAGACCACCUCUUCAGUGUUUGGGUUGAGGUCAGUGACUGACCCAUCUCCCUCCCCAUCCCCAUCCCCCUGCGGCUCAGAUCGCCCCCCACUGGGCUGGAGUAGUAACAACAGCAGCAGCAGUACCGCCACGUCCGCCACCACCGGACCACCUGUCGCAGAGAAACCCCGCUGGCACCUGGGGAGACGCACACCUGCUCACUUUAUACCGCUGGACAUCACAGGUGAAGGAGGAGGAGGAGGAGGAGGAGGAGGAGGAGGAGGAGGAGGGAAAUUCCACGGUGUCGACCUCCUCCAGCAUUCCCCGUCCCCAUCCCCCUCUCCAGGGGACCCCUUCCCCCAUCAGCCCCGCUCCCUGGAGCCGAUCACGGAUACCCCCCACCAGAACCUCCCCUUGAGGAAGACACAUUCUGACCUCGACACAACCUUACCUGCAGGCAACAAUUUGCAGCAGAGAACCUCAGACCACCUUCACCCACGGACCAUGGACCACUCUGGGCUGCUUUGCUCCAACACACCCUCCCCUUCAUGGAAUGGACCUAAGGGCUCCACCUUUUCUCCUGGAGCGUGGAAUGAGCCAUACAAUUACAAUAUGAACAAAGGUCCAGCUGUUCCGCCCAAACAGCACAGCAUCAUGGGUAAUAUAGGAGGAGGCACACAGGAUGGGAUGAUGACCGCAAGCUCGGGACAGUCGAUGAGCUCACAUUCCAGUUCCUUCACAUCUGUGUCAGACCCUACUGGGAGAGGAGGGAUUUCACUGACUUCUGCGAUGAUGGGGAAGAGGAGCGAGACAGAGGGGGCUGCAGCAGAUGGAGGGAGAGGAGGGGAGGUGGGGAGAGGAAGGGAGAGGUCUGCACGAUCCAUAGCUGCAGCAAACGCCUUCAAGUUCCGGGAACGUUCCCUUUCCACACCCACAGAUUCUGGUACCUUCUGCUUUACAGAGGGUGGUCCAGGCCAACCAGGUGGGAACAAUAUGUCUACAGGAAAUGGGAAUUUUUUAGGAAUGACAGACCAAAAACAGAAUCACCACUUCCUGGGUUUGGGAGAGAACUAUGCUCUUCUUUACCCUAGUGGGAGCUCUGAAGACAGUGCCAGUACCACUGACACAAUUUCUGUCACAGCUUCAGAAUAUAGCACUGAUGGCCGCUUACGCCUGCGCUCACGGUCCAUCUCACUUAAAAAAUCCAAGCGUAAGCCACCACCUCCAGUGAGGAGUGUCUCACUGAUGAAGAACCUGGGCGAAGCUGAGGGGAGAAUCCACCAUGAUGGUGGACUUUACCGGGAUGGACGGCCGAAGAGCCUUCACAUCCCUAGAGACCACUUUCCAGACUUCCAGCCAGAUUUCCUCUUGCCAAGCUCAUCCUGUUCCUCUAAACCUGCUGUCAAUGAGGUGGAGACAAGGCGAGCGGGCAGUGAUCGGCCUCCAAGCCUGGAGGUUCAGGCACCAGAGCGGGAGGGAGAGACAGAUCUGACCUUCCCCACCCACUGGCAGCUAGGGGAGUGGAAGAAUGACCCUUACAGAUCUCUAUCUGGUUCCAGCACAGCAACAGGUACCACAGUCAUUGAAUGUAUGAAAGUCAGAGGCAGUUCAGAGUCACUGCUCGACUCUCCCUCCACCUCCAGGGCCACCUCACCUUCACAGCUCUCCAUGGAAACUGAUGUUAAGGCCUCCUCACCCUUCAAACCCCCAGGACUUAUGUCACCAUCAAGUGGCUAUUCGAGUCAGUCUGAGACCCCCACACCAACAGUUCCACUGAAUCAAGCAGCAGGUCCAGGGACCGGGACAGCAGGACAGUUAGGUACAAUAGGGUGUAAGAUGCGCCCAAAGAUCCCAGAGAGGAAGUCAUCCUUACCAUCUCCCAAGGACCCAGCUGCAAGGUCAAGAUUGUCGUUCGAGAUGCCUGGCAAUGCACAUCUGGAGUUGUCAUCAAUCAAGCCAAAGCAGAAGGCCAGCAGGCGGCACUCUGACACCUCCACCGCAGCAAAACCUGGAAAAAUCAGCCCCAGCUCUUCCCAGACAUUACCUGUGGUCACCCAGAAUGAACUGAAGACAGUUCGUCUUCGCUCUGUUUCUCGUGGUGACCUGGAGGACUGUCCUGAUGGUGCAUCUGAUACCAUAGAAGAAGAGCAGCAGAGCAAAGAUUUAGGUGAGGACCCCAGUCCACCACCUACUCUACCAAAACCCAAACCACCUGUUGCAGUCAAGCCUCCCUUGCCAAAACGGCCAGUUAACCUACUCCUUAAAUCUCCUUCCCCCUCCUCCACUUCUCCACUUGCACCUGAAUCUCCUCCUGCCUCACCCGUGGACCGUCCAGUACCCCUUGGAAAUAUCUACAAAGUCAUGAAAAAACCCAAACCCAAAAAACCUCCACCACAGGUUCCUGCAAGUCCCUCUGUGCUUCCUGACAUAAAUUCCAAUUCAGCCCAAAAUACAGGAUAUGACCACCCAUUCCUCCCCCAUUCCCACUCCUUCUUUGACCUCCCACCUCUCCCAGACCCACAGCCUCUCCUGGAAGACCCAACAAUGGAGCCAGAAUUUGACACAGAGCAAGAGGUCCGUCCUGAGGAUGGAGGUUCGCUCCCAUCUCCCUGCAGUAGCCAGGAGGCUCCGGAACUCCAAGACAAGAGCAAGACACUUCCUUCAAGGAUGACAAUCUCCUGUCUGGCAGAGCUGUCGGACAAAAAGAAACCCAAGGUUCCACCUCCUGUCCCCAAGAAGCCCAAUGUUCUGCUCCUUCCCACGUCAGUCCACUCCUCCACCAAUGGCAGUACAGAGCGUCAGACUCCACAGGCCGACAGUCCUGUGGGUCUUCGGUCUCCUUUAGGAGCAUUCCCAACUGAGGGGAUUCCCAGUCCUCCUAAUGUUCCUGAUAUGCUGGAGCGAGAUGAGAAUCACCUGGGAACAGAUGAGGAGAGCUCAAAAGAGUCAUCACUUCAGUCAUCUCUUCAGGAUUCUUCCCUCACUGAGCUGGAGGGGAAGAUGACCGGUAUUGGAAUUGGAGCAGAUGAGUCAGCAGCAAAUGAGAAGACAGUACUGCACAUUGCAGAGGAAACAGAUGAUGACUUUUUGGCAAGCACACCAACAACACACACCACCGAAGACCUGUUCACCAUCAUACACAGGUCUAAGCGGAAGGUUCUGGGCCGUAAGGAGCCAACGGAUUCCUUUGGCAGUCGGCAGAGCCUGGUGUCCCCAGUGAAGCACAGCACCAGCGGUGGCGAUCUUCGAAAUCUGACCCUGGGAAGCAGCCAGAGGUCCAGCUCACGCAAUGAGAACUUCAUGGCCCUGCUUCAGAAGAAAGGCAGCAAGUCUUCCAGUGGAGGGGCCAGGGUCUCAGCUAUGGAGCUUCUUAAAAGCACAAACCCUCUGGCACGGCGCGUUACAGAGUUUUCAACCACCACUCCAACAACAGUUGAGGGAGGAGAUGCCUCAUCUGGAAACGGCAAAGCCAACGAUCAGUGAACAACCAACCAACAGUAAACAGAAAUUCAGUGGGUCCUUUUGCUGUUAACAAAGCUACCAAUGAAUCCCACAACCCGCCAUGUUCUGGGGAUGGCCAGAUCACUCCAACUACUGACUGACCAUUUGCAGUGUCCAAUCACAUUGGAGCAUAUUUUUAGACAAAAUGGUCCCUCCCAUGGUUGGAGCGUUAUUGUUUCCUUUCAAUCCAGUCCCCCCAGGAAAGCAUCUGUGGAGAGCACACAGUUUGUUCUCCCUUUAUUCUCAAUUAAAGGUGGAGGUUUUACAGUUGUGCUUAAACAUUGCACCAUAUUUACCUUGUUGGGGAUUUGUUCAAGCUUGAUGGAAGAACAGGGAUGUGGCUCUGGAAAUAUAAGGAUACUCAGUGGAUAGUUUACUCCUGAUCCAUCUGGAUGAUAAAAGUCCCUGAAGUCUAUCUCUGAGUCCCUGAAGACGACAAUGGUGAAAGAGUCUUUAGCCAGUUAUUCUGAUCAGCUGAGAAACCACAGUGGAUUAGUAAAUCCAAGAAGAAAAAGGAAUAUACGUCAAAUGAUCUCACCAAUGAUCAUCAACCAAAACCCUUCGGCCGGUAGCACUACAGCAUCAGGCAGCUGGUAGGGUAAACAAUCAGUGGUAUGAUGAGAAACCAUAGAAAGCAAAUGUACCCCAAACCUUGGACAUUAUUGGUUCUAUCUAUGGUAAACACAAUACCAUAACAGACACAUCAAUACUGUCAUUUUAAUAAGAAGAACAUCCUGAUUUAAGCAGGAUUUACAAAUACAGUAUUAACAACUUGUGAGCUUUUUGCCAACAAAGACGAAGCAUGAGCAUGUCGGUGGUUUUGGCGAUCAUGCCAAACACAAACACAAGUGUGGAUUUUCACAAAACAUUCCACAAAGGCACCCAGUAAAUGGACCAUGAUUAUAAACACAAGCACUUUUCUGUUCCUUUGGCAUCAGAGAUGGUUUACAUGGCGCGGCGAUUGCGUCACUCCAGUUUUGUUAGAUAUUCAACUAUCUUUUUUUCUUAUUUUGUGCUUUGUUAAUCAUUUUACUUUUACCAUUACUUGUUGAAUUGGAUUGCUCUGUAUGUAUUAUGUACAAAGGUAAACGUACCACAUCUAUCAAUCAUUUGCUGACAUGAGGACUAAAUAUAGACUGUACAGAGCAGCAAGCAGCUUGGACUACAAACUGCCCACACAGUGGAGGGAACACACGCUUAAACACACACAUACACAAAGAAUAAUGCCAUUCAGAACAGAUCUAUGUACACACGUGUGUGUGUGUGUGUGUGUGUGUGUGUGUGUGUGUGUUCAAAGGAGUGUGUGUGCAAAUGAAAUCACGCCUGUGGAGUUUCUGGAUGGAGAGUAUGAAGCAGGCCUGGUUAAUAAACAGGGUUUUUAUUCAUUCUGGUCUCUGGUGACGGGACCAAAGGACUGUUAAAAUCUACAAACAGACCAGAGGGGACCUAGAAGUGUGUGUGUCCGUGUGUGUGUAUGUGUGUGUGUAGAGAAAAAUGCCAGGAACAAAGCAGAAGGAGAGGGAAAGUACACGUAUGUUUGUGUGUCUGUUUAUAUGUUGUGUAUCUUUUCUACAUGUGCAUGUUCCAAGUUGCACGUGUGUGUGUGUGUGUGUGUAUGUGUGUGUGUGUGCAUGUGUACGUCAUCCUCACCCUCAUCGUGUCUUUCUUGGGAUAGGAUUAAAAUGACUUAAGCGGCCCCUUCACCCGCACAUUUCAGAUCCAAAAGGGAUUCUUGAAUUAAGAAAAUUCUGGAACCAAAAGAGUUCUGGAACAGAGAGGAUUUUGGAACAAAUCUCUUUGGGAGGAUUCCAGAAUGAACAUCAGAGUCAUGCAAAAUAAGUGCAUUUUCAUGGACGUGAGGGUCCUGGUUAUGAUCAGGUUUUUUCAGAUAUCCUCUUUUUGUAUUACUUACCACUAUAUGCUAGUUUCAGAAACCUGGGUAAUCCUGGUUUUGAGAAAUGUCAUUACUACCCCAUUAGCUAGGGUACUUCAAAAACACCCAUACAGCUUAGUUUCCAACCAGUUUUUGACUGAUGCCUGACUCUACCUAGGCUGGGAUAGCUUCAGCCAAGUGACAUAACAGAGACACAAACAAUGGCUGC